AUGCGAGUCGAGCAAGAUGACUUCAAGGCGAGACACUGGCGAGAUGAACCGAAAUAUUUGGACCCUGAACCUGCUCUUGUGACCGCAUGCCAGGAAGCUUCGGAGCGUGAUUACUCUGCAUCGGCAACUGCACUUUUCAAACAUUCCAUUGCUUUCCUCCACACCGCUUUUGGCAGCUUCGACCUUUCGAUCCUGUCUCUACAGCAACUUGCUUUCCGCUCAUCAUCACCCUCAGUCUCGCCACAAAGCAAAGAGCGCCUCUGUCUCUCCCUGUCGAGCAUCUCGGUGCUCGAAGCAAACUCAAAGAUGGCGCAUCCAGGACCAUCCAUAGCCAACCUCUCCCAAACCCCCUCCUCCACCACCGGCGGCGACGCCUCCUGGUACAACUCCAUGCUCACCCACCUCUCCACCCAGCCUCCCUGGCCCUCGGACAAGGAAGACGCCAUCCUCGAGCCCUACACCUACCUCGACUCCAACCCUGGCAAAGAGGUGCGCACCAAACUCAUCGAAGCCUUCAACGUCUGGCUACAAGUGCCCCCGCGCAAACUCGAUGCCAUCUGCAAUGUCGUACGUAUGCUCCACACAGCUUCGCUCCUCAUGGACGACGUCGAGGACAACUCGGAUCUCAGGCGAGGUAUUCCCGUUGCACACAAGAUCUACGGUGUACCUCAGACGAUCAACACCGCCAACUAUGUCUACUUUCUCGUGUUUAGCGAGAUCUUUCGCAUGAACGAAGACUCGACCUCGGCCAGAACAGAUUCCCCGCCGCUUUCACCGAGCACAACGACGGCGACGGGUGUGGCAAAGGCGACGGUGGAGAGGCUGGUCGUCGAUGAACUGAUCAACCUUCACAGAGGUCAGGGCAUGGAUCUUCUGUGGAGGGACAGCCUCAUCUGCCCUACCGAAGAGGAGUACGUCGAGAUGGUCAACAACAAGACCGGAGGAUUGUUUCGCAUCGCGGUCAAACUCAUGCUCUCACAAUCACCACCAGCCUCCGCAGCGGGCUUCCCAGAUCUCAUCCCCGUGGUGAACCUGAUCGGUCUCCUGUUUCAAAUCCUCGACGACUUUAUGAACCUUCAAAGCAGCAAAUACGCCGAAAACAAGGGUUUCGCAGAAGACCUCACCGAAGGCAAAUUCAGCUUCCCCAUCAUCCACUCCAUCCGCUCGAGCGUCGCGCACGAGAUCACCUCCACAUCCGCCACCACAUCCGAACCCACAUCUGGGUCCAGCGCCCAAGAAGGCGGUGUCAACCUUCCGAAUCCCAAAGUGCUGCCAACAGGAGCAACAGGAGCGGCCAACAGACAAAUCCUCAACGUCCUCAAACAACGUCCCACCGACCUGGCUACCAAGCAGUACGCCGUAUCGUACAUGCGCAACGUCACCAACUCGUUCGACUACACCACCGACGUUCUUCAGCGUCUGUACGCACAGGCGUGCGCAGAGAUCCAACGUCUAGAAACACACCUGGGCAUACCCAAUCCCGGGUUGAAGAGUAUCUUGGAAGCGUUGAGAUCAAGUUGGACAUCCAUCUAG